GCCUUGUCAAUGAAUGUCAUGAUCGUCGUCGAAUCUCCCGCGCGGGUGAUUUUCUUUUUUCUCUUUUCUUUUUCUUCCCGAUUGGGAUUUGGGGUUUUGAUUGUGUUUGAUUGUGGGUUUGAGUGUUGUAGACUUUAUUUAUUUAGGUGGAGCGUAGAUGCAGACUUUCUUUUUAUCUUUUUAUCUUUUUUUUUUAUCUUUUUUUUUCUGUUCUUUUCCAAGGAAGUGGGAAUAAUGGAUUACUGAAGUAUAUUGAGCCGUGCCACGAGUUUUUUUCAAACUUUUCAAAUACCUUCUCUGGAUAAUAGUAAAAGUC